AUGGAGGAGCAGCCGCCGCCGCCGGUCCGCCCGCCAGCGAGAAUGGCCUCGUUGGGCAGCCCACACCCCGGAGCCCCCUCCGCGGCCGCCGCACCUGGCGGGACUUCCUCCGCCGCGACGGCGGCGGCCGUGCUGUCCUUCGGCACCGUGGCGACCGCGGCGGCCGCGGCGCUGGGGAACCAGAGCGACGGGAGCGGGGGCGACAGCACUGGCGCCUCGGCUGGCGGCGGCCUGGGCGGGCCCCGGGCGGCGGGGGCGGCGGGGAGGCCGCCGCAGGGACCCGAGGCGGCGCCGCUGCUGUCGCACGGGGCGGCGGUGGCGGCCCAGGCGCUCGUGCUCCUGCUCAUCUUCCUGCUGUCUAGCUUGGGCAACUGCGCGGUGAUGGGGGUGAUCGUGAAGCACCGGCAGCUCCGCACCGUCACCAACGCCUUCAUCCUGUCCCUGUCCCUGUCGGAUCUGCUCACGGCGCUGCUCUGCCUGCCCGCCGCCUUCCUGGACCUCUUCACGCCGCCGGGGGGCUCGGCCCCCGCCGCCGCCGCCGCCUCCCCGGCCGCGGGGCCCUGGCGCGGCUUCUGCGCCGCCAGCCGCUUCUUCAGCUCGUGCUUCGGCAUCGUGUCCACGCUCAGCGUGGCCCUCAUCUCGCUGGACCGCUACUGCGCCAUCGUGCGGCCGCCGCGGGAGAAGAUCGGCCGCCGCCGGGCCCUGCAGCUGCUGGCCGGCGCCUGGCUGGCGGCCCUGGGCUUCUCCUUGCCCUGGGAGCUGCUCCGCGCGCCCCACGAGCCCCCGGCGGCACAGAGCUUCCACGGCUGCCUGUACCGGACGUCCCCGGACCCCGCGCAGCUGGGCGCGGCCUACAGCGUGGGGCUGGUGGUGGCCUGCUACCUGCUGCCCUUCCUGCUCAUGUGCUUCUGCCACUACCACAUCUGCAAGACGGUGCGCCUGUGCGACGUGCGCGUGCGGCCCCUGACCACGUACGCGCGCGUGCUGCGCUUCUUCAGCGAGGUGCGCACGGCCACCACCGUGCUGAUCAUGAUCGUCUUCGUCAUCGGCUGCUGGGGGCCCUACUGCUUCCUGGUGCUGCUGGCCGCGGCCCGGCAGGCCCAGGCCACGCAAGCCCCCUCGCUCCUCAACGUGGUGGCUGUCUGGUUGACCUGGGCCAAUGGGGCCAUCAACCCUGUCAUCUAUGCCAUUCGCAACCCCAACAUUUCGAUGCUCCUGGGACGCAACCGGGAAGAGGGCUACCGGACUAGGAACGUGGACGCCUUCCUGCCCAGCCAGGGCCCCCGGCUGCAGGCCAGAAGCCGCAGUCGCCUUCGAAACCACUAUGCCAACCGGCUGGGAGCCUGCAGCAGGAUGUCUUCUUCCAGCCGGGCCAGCGGGAUGGGUGGGGAUGUGGCCAUGUGGGCCCGAAAAAAUCCAGUUGUGCUUUUCUGCAGGGAGGGACCCCCAGGGCCUGUGACAGCAGCGGUCAAACAACCUAAAUCCCAAGGGGGGGAUACCAGCCUCUAA